UAUACUAUUAAACCUGAUAUUCUACGGUAUUUCCUGUUAUGUCUUUAAUCUGUCACAAUGAAAAGUGAUAUAUUUUUAGUGCUCAUAUACUACGGAAUCGUGCUAGCGAACUGUCAAACGAGUAUUCCACAAAGAUUGGAGGAAUGUUAUCGGAAUGGCAGUGUCGCAGGUACUGAGAUACCGACAAACCUUCGUGUUCUUAUAGAUCUCAUACAAAAGGCAGAGCAUUUUUCGUACACGAGAUUUGACAUGAGAGCGAUGAGCUCCUCAUUGCUUCACAGGUUCAGAUUCGACGGCAUCGAGCAUCAAGAAGGCAUUGCCGUUAUGAGUGGAAUAUCACCUUUCAGCGGCACAGGAUUUCAGCGAGAGAAACACAAAAUUAUCGAGGAACUGGUGCCCGGUGAUUACCAAGUCUUUCCGUCCGAGGCUCUGACCCUGGUAGAACGCUGCGCUUUGCAUCGUAUGAUUUCAUCGACCAUCUGGGAGCAUCCUUCGGCUAGUGUCGAGAAAUUGUGUAGCACACCGAGUGAGAAAGUUUCCGGCAGAUCGAAGUCUGGCGUCGCUUCGAUAUGCCCUGUUGAGAGCGGUGUCAUUAUCACUCCGUACGGAACAAUUUCUCCUGGCGCAGUCAUCGCGUCGAUUGCUGCGUCCCUUCAGCCCCAGAAUGUAGCUGUGAAGUUGUUAAUUGCUGAACCACCGAUGUAUCGCCAAGAAUCAAUUACGACAGAGUUUACGUCGUUGAACUAUAAUGAGAAAGAAGUUGAUCUCAUUGUUCCGAAAGGCAGAAUUGCACUCGGAAGAUCCAUGUGGUUUCAGUCUCUCAUGGAAUCCACCUCCAAGUUGGAUAACGUUUGGGUGUCGACGCUUGCAGGAGAUAUUGGCGAAAUGGCAGUUUAUCAAGGGCCUAUUGUUUCAUCUGAAAUGACAAUGGGAGCGACAGGCUUUUGGAACAGUACGAUGCAACCGAGACUCUUUUACCUGACAGAUCAUAAUGGACAUUUAGAUGCAACACGGGCUGAGAUUGUGGGCGGAAUCGAUGGCUUGGUGAUAGGGAAAAAUUUACAAACUUGGAUCGACAGUUUCCACAGUCUUCGCCUGAGCCAAGUUCUGGAUAUGUAUUACAGCUACGAAGGGAUAGCUUUCGACAAAAACGCUAAAGCCUGUCAGCGAUUGUUGAAUUUUCAGCAAGUCGCACCGAAGACAAUAAUAACUGAACAGGCUCAUGCUCUAGCUCAAAUAUUGGCCUAUCGCAACAGUAUCGCCUAUAUGACACCGGAAGCUUUACUGAGAAUGGUGAAUUUUGCGACCGAUACAUUCUCAACCUAUGCCGAAAACUAUCUAUUCGCUGAAUCGGAAUGCCAUAAUCCAGGAUCAAAGCCUCAGCUAGAGAUUCUCGUUGCAUUUGAUGGCGCUUGGUCCCGAGAUUAUACAGCAGACUUCAUAUCAGUAAUGCUUGAAGACUUGGAUGUUUCGAUGUACGGAUCAAAGAUGGGAUUGCUUCAUGGAAAGACUGGCGAGUGGCUAGUCAACGUAACACACAGUCCAUCCACGAUAUACUAUGCAUUGAAGAACUUUACUCAAAUAACAUGGCCUUCUGCGCUGAACUUCACAAGAGUAUUCGAGGAAGUUGGUGCCUAUCUGAAUGAAACUUGGAGUAGUAAUAGCAAAAAGCAUGUUAUUGGCAACCUCGGUCAAGUAAUCAUUCUCCUUGCACCGCGAACUGUGCCAAUCGAAGAAGAGCUCCAAUCGAGUAUACAAGCGCUGCGUCAGAUAAAGACCUACCAUCCAGAUGUAAGAUUUGUUUACUACGGUUCAGAAUUUUACUCCGAUCCGUUGAAAAACCUUAUUUUGACCAGCGAGGAUUAUUUAAUUAAAAGUUUAAAAAUAGACGACUUGAGCAUGCACCUUCAGAAUGUCCCCAGAGUGUUGAGACCUCCUUCAAAUUUCAAUCUGACAUAUGGAUCAAGGAAUCAAUUUGAGGAUUAUACAGGGCUUCAGGAGACUGUAACAUAUCAGUUACACCCACAAUGGAGAGGAGAUACUAAGAAAGUUGAAGUGACAUUUCACUCUGUCGGCUAUGGCGCCAUGAGAGUUUGCUCAUGGAAUGAGUGGCCCACUGUCGGUACGCGAGAUGGACUUGUCUGCCAGGACUUGCAAGGUCACAACGAGAUCAGCAUGACCGAUUACUCUGAUUGUAGGACUGGAAAAGCGUGCCCCAAAACUUAUUAUCGAGUACAAAAUGUAACAACGUGGCAAAAAUGUAGCGAGAUGGACUGCAAAACGCCAAACCAUGUCAGAUAUAUUGUGCGCAUUGAAAACUUGAGAUACGUCAGCUUUGCGCCUUCUGUUUUUUCAAGAUUUCAAUUUUUAGUUUUAUAUUUUACAUCGAUCCUUUUCUCCAAAAUCUUUACCGCUGAAAUGUAAACUUUAGUUAAGUUUGUCACGAUAGCAUGUUGUAUCGCAAGGAGCAAUAAUAAUAAUAAUAGGAGAAAGAAACUUCAGAUCUGAUAAAUUACACUCGAUAUGUAAUUUAAUUCGUUAUUUUAUAUAGAUAAAUUUCAGACACACAAAACUUUAAUA